AUGGGCGGUAUGCGUGUUUUGUCAGUGUCGGAUUUGGGAGGCACCCAAUCACGAUUUGUGAAAGGAUGUCCCAUGUGCAUGAACGUGUCUGGUCAGCUGCCAGUUGGUCAAUUCACAGUCGGGCACCCGCUGGUCCUCAAGCGCCGGUCGGUCCAACCACCAGCCAGGGCAGUCCUUGGCCUUGCCAAUCCCCAGCCCACCAAACCUCAGUCCGGUCACCUGAUUGUUGGGGCACCCCAACCAUCAGAAAGAAUCAGCAUGAUUCUUGUCACCCAAUUGUUUGAGUGCCCCAACAAUUGGGUGACCAGACCGCCGUUCAGUGGGCUGGGGAUUGGCAAGACCAAGGACUGCCCUGGCUGGCGGUUGGACCAACUGGCGCUUGACGACUGGCAGGUGCGCAACCAUGAAUUGACUGACUGGCAGAUGACCAGCUGCGCCUCAUUCCGGCAAAUUUCCUCUGACGUGGGUUGCGAUUUCUUCGACGGUUUCUAUUCUGCUCAUCAUCACUUUAGCAAGAAUGCAAAGCAGGGUGACGAAGGAGAAGAAAAUGAGGAUGCAAUCGGAGAAUCAAUUUACGGUGACCGACGAAUGACACGAUUGGAAUCCAAUUUUCAUUUGGCCCUGGUCGAGCACAUCGGCGAAUUCCGAAAGAAUUCUGAUGCCAUCGAAGAAGAAGAAACUAUUCCUGAAUAAAAUAAUCCAGUUGAUUCAAUAAUCGCAUUCACAUAAUUGUUUGUUCCAGGGCGAGAAAAAAUAUAAAAAAGUGUUGUCUUGCUCCAGCUCGUGGUACGAAGGGGUGGAUGGGAAGUUUUUAACAGCCUCUGUGAAGCGAC